AUGGAGCAGCCGGCGACGAGGCCGCCCAAGCGCAGGGACGACCGUGUCAUACUGCAAUUCGACUAUGAUUGCUUCUACGCCCAAGUCUUCGAGAACAAGGACCCUGCUCUCAGGUCUCGCCCUCUGGGCAUCAAGCAGAAGAAUAUCCUGGCCACGUGCAACUACAACGCGCGCAGGCAGGGCGUGCGGAAGCUCAUGCUUAUCUCGGAAGCCACCCAGAUUUGUCCCAACCUCGUCCUGGUCGACGGGGAGGAUCUGACCCCUUUCCGCGAUGUCAGCAAGAUGCUCUUCACUUUCCUCCGAUCCUACUCGUGGAACAACCGGGUUGAGCGCCUCGGCUUCGACGAGGUCUUCAUGGAUGUCACGGACAUUGUCGACUACAACAUGUCAUGUCUUAAUCGCCUCUCUCUAGCCGAGUCCUUCUUUUGCUUGUCCAGAAAGGACCCAGAGCUAGGUUUCAACUGCGACUUGACCUCAAUCGCGGGUUGUGUAGUUGCUCUUCCGGCCUCCGGCGUACAGCUCGAGCACCAUACCUAUCUGCGCCUACUGCUCGGCUCCCAUCUCGCGCACCACCUGCGACUCAAAUUAGAGACUGAUUUCGGCUACACCGCAACCUGUGGCAUUGCAACCAACAAGCUCUUGAGCAAGCUCGUCGGAAGUUGCAACAAGCCCCGUAAUCAGACAACGCUGCCGGCCCUGCAAGACGACGAUGUGGCUGCAUUCAUGGACGGCCACAAGGUUCGACAAGUACCCGGACUUGGCUUCAAGACGGCUCUCUUGUUGGAAUCCCACGUCCUCGGCCGGCCCUUGGUUGCGGAUUCGCACUCGUUCCAAUCGUCUCUCACCGUCGGCCAGGUCCGCCGCCAUCAGGCCAUUUUAUCGCCUGGCAAUCUUGAAACCAUACUUGGGGGCCCAGGGGCAGAAAAGGGCGUUGGACAAAAAGUUUGGGGUCUUCUUCACGGAGUAGACCCGACCGAGGUCAAAGAAGCCAGCGACAUACCCUCUCAAGUCAGCAUAGAGGACACAUACAAAGGCUUGGAGACGAUACCGCAGAUUAUCGCAGAGCUACACAAGCUAUCAUGUUCCCUUGUACGGAGGAUGCGAAUAGACCUUGUCGUCCGCGACGACGAUGCGAUCACUCCGGACACGCAAAAGUGGAUUGCAAGACCAAAGACGCUGCGCCUGUCUAUCCGAUCGUGGCCGAUUAGACAGGGCUCGAGCCAUAGCCAGAACCGAAGCUUCAGCCGCGUGUCUCGCUCAGGCCCGCUACCCAACUUCAUCUUUGACCUCGAGGCCGAUAUAGACGACAUGGCGCAGCAGCUAGUUGCCGAGGCUCUGCUGCCGCUGCUCCGCCGCAUGCAAAGCGACAAAGAACAGAGGUGGAAUCUGCAGCUGUUAAACAUCUGCGUCGUCAACAUGGUACCCGGCGCUGCCGAUGACCGGACGGGAGCGGGGCGGGACAUUGGUGUCAUGUUCAAGAAGCAGGACGAAGUGCUGCUCCCGUGGAGAGUCACACGCGUCUCUGAGAAUGAAUCAGACGACAGUACGGGGGAGGCAACAUUUGAGGAACUGGACAUGAACCCUACCUGGGACAACACCGUGCAUCCAUUGUGCCAAACAUGCGGCCAUUUCGUUCCUCAGUUCGCCAUGCCUGCGCAUGCGAGAUACCACGAGCUGGAAGACUGA